CCGGCUCGGUGCCGGCUGCCCUGGCCUGGCCCUGCCCCGUCCCGGCUCCCCGCGCCCCACGGGGCUGGGAGACACCCUGUGGGUCCCCCACAGGCACCAAGGGCCAGCAGGGCCUGCCGGUUCCCCCCAGCACUGAGGGAACCCCGGGGCGGUUACGCUCCAGCCCGGUGCCAAUGUCAGCCGUGAGCGCGGCCCGCGGCAAUGGCGCCCCUCAGUGAGAGGGGCUCGGUGGGACCCUCAGCGAGGGACCCGCGGGGCUGCGCGGGCCCUGCCCUGGGGAGGCCUCGCCCUGCCCCGCGCAGUGACGUCAGCGCCUUUGAUCUCAUGACGUCACGGAACGCGUGACGUCACCACCGCGUGCCCGUCCCCGGCGGGUCCCCCCGCAGCCCGGGCGUUCCGGCCGGGCCGGUGUUUCCGGGGAAGGCGGCGGCGGCGCUUCCGGCGCGGCGGGAGGAAGUGACGGCGGGUUUGUUGACAGCGGAGGCCGCGGCGGGGGGAGCGGGGCCGAGCAGGACGCGGAGCCCGCCCCGGGCACCGGGACCAGCCCCCCCAUGGCACCAGCUGCCCUGAUGUCCCUGUAAAUCCAUCCUGGAACUUCAUCUAAGGAAAGGAUCUCCUGAAUCAAAAGCUUCCUCCUGCUCUUCCCCUUCCCAUAACUUCCCUCAGGAUGGCAUCCGACAGCCCCGAGUCGCUGAUGACCCUGUGCACCGACUUCUGCCUUCGCAACUUGGAGGGGACCCUCUGCUACCUCCUGGACAACGAAACGCUCCGGCUCCACCCUGACAUCUUCCUGCCCAGCGAGAUCUGUGACAAACUUGUCAAUGAGUACGUGGAGCUGGUGAAGACAGACAGCAUCUUCGAACCCCAUGAAAGCUUCUUCACCCUCUUCUCAGACCCACGGAGCACCAGGCUGGCUCGGAUCCACCUGCGGGAACAGAUUGUGCAGGACCAGGACCUGGAGGCCAUCAGGAAGCAGGAUCUUGUUGAGCUCUACCUGACUAACUGUGAGAAGCUGACGGCCAAGAGCCUGCAAACCUUGGUGAGCUUCAGCCACACACUGAUCUCCCUGAGCCUCUUUGGCUGCUGCAAUAUCUUCUACGAGGAGGAGAACCCCGGGGGGUGUGAGGAUGACUGUCUGGUGAACCCCACCCGCCAGGUCUUGGUCAAGGACUUUACCUUUGAAGGCUUCAGCCGCCUGCGCUUCCUGAACCUGGGCCGCCUGAUCGAGGGGGUGAACGUGGAGACCCUGCUGCGGCCUCUGGCCUCCCUGGCAGCUCUGGAUCUCUCUGGGAUCCAGCUGAAUGAUGUGGGAUUCCUCACCCAGUGGAAGGACAGUCUGGUUUCCUUAGUGCUUUACAACAUGGACCUUUCAGAGGAACACAUCCAAGUGAUCGCACAGCUUCGCAAGCUCAGGCACUUGGAUAUCUCCCGAGACCAUCUGUCCAGUUAUUACAAGUUUAAGCUGACCCGGCGGGUUCUGAACCUGUUUGUGGAGAACCUGGUGAACCUCAGCUCGCUCGACAUCUCAGGGCACACCAUGCUGGAGAACUGCACCAUCCCCAGCAUGGAGGAGAAGAUGGGCCAGACAAGCAUUGAGCCAGCAAAGAGCAGCAUUGCUCCCUUCCGGGGUCUGAAACGGCCACUCCAGUUCCUGGGCCUUUUUGAAACGUCUCUCUGCCGCCUGACACAUAUUCCAGCCUACAAGGUGAGUGGAGACAAGAACGAAGAGCAAGUCCUGAAUGCCAUCGAGGCUUACACGGAGCACCGGCCGGAGAUCACCUCCCGCGCCAUCAACCUCCUGUUCGACAUCGCCCGCAUCGAGCGCUGCAGCCAGCUGCUGAGAGCCCUCCAGCUGGUGAUCACAGCCCUCAAGUGCCACAAGGAUGACAAAAACAUCCAGGUGACGGGCAGCGCGGCGCUGUUCUACCUGACCAACUCCGAGUACCGCAUGGAGCAGAGUGUGAAGCUGCGGCGCCAGGUCAUCCAGGUGGUGCUGAACGGCAUGGAGUCCUACCAGGAGGUCACAGUACAGCGGAACUGCUGCCUGACACUGUGUAACUUCAGCAUUCCCGAGGAGCUGGAGUUCCAGUACCGCCGGGUCAACGAGCUGCUGCUGAACAUCCUCAACCAGAGCCGGCAGGACGAGUCCAUCCAGCGCAUCGCUGUGCACCUCUGCAACGCUCUGGUCUGCCAGGUGGACAAUGACCACAAAGAAGCUGUGGGCAAGAUGGGGUUUGUCAUGACAAUGCUAAAGUUGAUUCAGAAGAAGUUGGCUGAUAAAACGUGUGAUCAGGUGAUGGAGUUCUCCUGGAGUGCCCUAUGGAACAUCACUGAUGAGACCCCAGAUAACUGUGAGAUGUUCCUUAACUACAGCGGCAUGAAACUGUUCUUGGAGUGCUUGAAAGAAUUCCCAGAGAAACAGGAGCUGCACCGCAACAUGCUGGGCCUCCUGGGCAAUGUGGCAGAAGUGAAGGAGCUCCGCCCGCAGCUCAUGACCUCCCAGUUCAUCAGUGUGUUCAGCAACCUGCUGGAGAGCAAAGCCGACGGGAUUGAGGUGUCCUAUAAUGCCUGUGGAGUGCUCUCCCAUAUCAUGUUUGAUGGUCCAGAGGCUUGGGGGAUCUGUGAACCCCACCGAGAGGAAGUUGUGAAGAGGAUGUGGGCAGCCAUCCAGAGCUGGGAUAUCAACUCCAGGAGAAAUAUCAAUUACAGGUCAUUUGAACCAAUCCUCCGACUUCUUCCACAAGGAAUCUCCCCAGUCAGCCAGCACUGGGCCACCUGGGCACUCUAUAACCUGGUCUCUGUCUACCCUGACAAGUACUGCCCGCUGCUGAUCAAAGAAGGUGGGAUCCCUCUCCUGAAGGACAUGAUCAAAAUGGCCUCAGCACGGCAAGAGACCAAGGAAAUGGCCCGGAAAGUUAUAGAGCACUGCAGUAACUUUAAGGAGGAGAACAUGGACACUUCCAGAUAGAGGCACUCACCCAAUGCCUCUUGCCAGCACUGUAUCCAGCUUCUCUCUAACUCACUGUACAUAGGGAGGACUCUUUCUUACCAACUCGCCCGUUGGAAGGAAACUUUGUGUGUGUGUGAGACCCUCAGUAGAUGAAGGUGAACAGAGGAGGGGGGAGGGACUUUUUGCACAACAAAAUGCUUUCCUUACCUUAGUGGACUUUUUUUGUUAUGAAGUUUCAGGUUGAAGUUCCGUGUGUAUGAUUUCUGUAUAAAAAGAAAACAAAAAACAAAGACAACUACAUUAUGUAUCUUUUAACCUUUUUGUUUUAGACCACACAGAGAGCCUCAAAUGACCAUGAGCUUGAAGACCUAGUUGUGUGAUCACUAGUGUGACAUGUUUAUUUCCCACUUUUUAGAGAAUUCCCUUUUGCUGUACUGCAUGAGGUCCUGUAAUGUCUGCAAGAACACCAGUCCUGAAUCAGCACUGGCUGCUCAGUGGGGCUGUGGGCAGGGAUGAGUUAUUUAUUUAGUCAGAGAGGUUGGGGGACACAAUACCAGAGAGACAGACCAAAAGAACUGACCUUUUAGUGAUAUUUAUACAUGGAGAAAAUAGGGAAGAAAGAUCUUUUAAGUUAAUUCACUCCCUUAAGGGUUUUUUAUAGAAGACUCACAUUAAUGGAAGCACUGCUAACUGUAUAUGGGUCAUCCAGAAGUAAGACAUUCCCAGUAAAGUCAAGAGGUCUGUUUUGUCCCCAUUGGCAGUACAGUAGGAUCUGCCAGCCCACCCACCCUCAUAAGGUCAGGGAUGACCAGUAAAACCAGUUACAUAUUCUUGGCUACACAGAGCUUUUCUCUCAAAGGGAGCCUGUGCAAGAAGGCACCAGGUUUGUUCAUAAAGGGCUACACAUCUUCAUUCCAGACCUUCACCACCUUUUAGUUUUGUUUCUUUUGUGGGGAAGGGCUACAAAGCCAGAGUAUUUCUGUCUGCAUAAUAAACUCUCCCAGGCCCUGAUCCAGAGCAGUUGUACCCCUCAUACAAGUCCGAGGAAUGGCCUGGAGCUGCUCUGCUCUUCCUCAGUCUGCAUCAGCACAAGCUGUGCUCAGUGGCACAGUAAUUCCCCUUUACAGGUCUCUGACUACAGCACAACUGCGGGAAUUGGAGGUGCUGAAGUCCUCUCCUGAGAGUGGGGAGUCUCCAUGCACCCUUUGGAGGGCAAUCCCAUGAAAUAGCCCCUCUUGUUCCACUUUCUUCUCGGAAGCAGAAGGCCCUACUCCUGUCUGACUCCAGCAGCACUUCCCAGUGCAGCCCCACUCCCAUCAGCAGCUUUACUGCAGUUUGUGAUGCAGGUGAGAGGAGAGUCCCACCCAGCUGAUCUUCACCUGUAACACUCCAGACCUGUAAGGGCGCCAGAAGCUGAAGUUUCUCCCAGCCAGACACUCUAAGCACAGUGUGCAGCUCAUGCUUAGAGCCCACUGCUCACCACAGCUCUUUGACAAGUCACAAAUCUUCCCUUAGAAGGGACUUGGAAAAGAUUUUAUGCCUGGUAGCAGGAGAGGAGCCCACAGCCACGUGAGGUGGGACAUUUCAGGCCUCUCAGCACAGUAACUCGCUGCUCUCUGCCCUUGGACACGUUGCUCUCAGAUUUGACUCGCUGCUAUGAGGUUCUGCUAAUGCUCAGAGUUCAUGUUGUCCUUGUGAGCACAUUAGAGACAGAUCCUUGAUCCACAAACUGACACUUUAACUGACAGAACACAGCUGCCUGGACAGGUUUACUUUUUCUGCCAAUAUGGUGUUAUUCAAUGUCUUUUUUUUUUUUUUUCUUUUUAACCAUAUGUCAUUUGUUUUGGUAUUGUGAGAUCUGUACUUUUUUCUUUUAAGUCUUUUUCAAACUUAUAUAUAUUUUUGUGUCACUUUCGAAUUGUUUUCUUAAGAUUUGCAAAACUUGACAAAUUAUACUUUUUUUGCAGUCUUUUAAAAUGUAUUUUUCUCUCUCUUAUUCCUGUUCCCCAAGAAUUUGUGUCUCUAAAGCUUUGAGAUGGGGAAGCUUAUUUCAAGAUCUGUUUUCUGUGUAACAUUUGCUGAUCUUCCUUCUAGAUGCAAAACUAAGAGAGGCUGCAAAUACUGCCAGGCAGCCUUGGUGUGUUAGGGGAGUCAGGUUUUGCUCUUUAAUUCCAUUUAGUGCUGCUGUCCUGAAGUUGUUUCACUUGACAGUGCUGCCCACCAGGUUUGCUUCCUUCCCAAUGCCCAUGUAGUGAAAGCUCCUGCCACUAAAAUCUCGAAUCAGCUGACAAAAAGCACUGAGGAUUCUGACUGUUGGCAAGGAGGGAGUGGAGCAGAAGGGGACACGUCACAGGGGGAGAGGUAUCGAAACCCUUGUCCCCAGAAUGCAGCUGCCACCCUGGGGAGACAAUGGCACUCCCAUCUCAGCUGGAGCAGAGCUCAGCCUUGCAUUGCAAUCCAUGCAGUCAGGCUUUUCUCUGAGAUUUUGGCACAACUACAUCAAGGCUAAUGAACAACCAGUGACUUGGUUCCAUCUGCCUCAAGACCCCAAAGGUUUGGGUUUUUCAAACCAGUGCCCCCCCAAGUUCAGCUGUUACUGGGGUCUCACCUGCUGCAUCCCAAACUAACAAGCUCCAAGCUGCACCAAAGCUUUGUUUCCUACUGUAAACCUCUGUCCUCACUGCUCACAGCCCCUCAGCAAGCUGUACCUGAACCAGGAUAAAAAGAUUUCAAAUUCCCAGCAACAAGGAGAUUAAUGGAGUCAGGCCAGGCUGCCAGAAAAGCUCAGUCUAAGCUGAAAUCUGUCACUGAUCCCAGGGGAAGGGGGAACUACAACUGGGCAAUUACAGCAAGCUACACAUCAGACUUUGAGUCAGGCCACAGCAAGGUAAAUUCCUGAGACAGCACGUUAAAAGAAGUACCAUCCCUGUUAGUCACAUGAGCUUUGCCUACAAGUUUCCAUGUCUUCAAGCCAAGAAUUUGUGAGCUGAAAAAUAACAUUUCCCCUUCAGUAAGAAGCAAAAGAGAGAAAGGUAUCCUCUGAACACCUGAGCACAACCCAAGAAUUCUGUAAUUGGAAGUCUGAAAUGAGUUUGUACCACAGUUUCCCUAACUGAAACAAGAGAGGCAUGACCUGAAAGCAGUUUUUGGAGACAGAGUUAAUUGCUGCCAUAGAUCCAGAGCUGAGGACAGAACAGGAGAGCUGCCUGCAGAUAUCAUAUCCGUGUUCUGCAAGGAGGGGAGGGCAAAGUGGCUGAUUUUUUUAUGAAGGUCUAAUGUAAAAGGGGAAGUCAGAUACCCUGAAAUGCUUGCCUGUUCCAGGGAAGCCUCAGACCUUCCAGCCUUGCUGGAUCAAAGGAAUGAACCAGGAGACUUUAACUCCACACAGAAUCAUAGAGCCAAUCACCAACCCUGCUCAGAAAACCAGAACAGGGUUGUCACCAGAACUGUCAAGUGAAAAUCCAGCUGGAGAGAAGUUCAUCAUGAGUAAACACGUGGCAGAGGUGCUCCUUGUGCUCAGUAGCUGUUGGCCUACCCAGACUCUUCAUGAUUUCACUACUGCAUUUCCUUUAAUAUUGCAAAGCUUGGCAAGCAGAGCACGAACACAACUCAGUAGCUCCCUGCAGAGACUGUGCCAACAAAGGAUCCCUCUGCCUGGACUGUGUAGUUUCCUCCCUGGCUGGAGGCUGCCCUGUCCUUCAGUGGCCCUUGGCUCAGCAGGCAGCGCUGGGCAACUUCCAAAUUGCUGGGCAACUUCCCACAAGUGCUUCCAUUUUACAAGAUCUGUGGGAGGAAUUGCUUAUAAGGACUGGCAUCUCCUUGUAUGAUGCCUAACACCCAGCAGCACCAGACUUUCUCAUCUAGACCAAGCCAGGCAAGUUUAGCACUGAUAUUUGUGGCAAUCAGAGCAUUGCAGAUAAUCCAUCUGCACCAUGGCUGCUGUUUCCCUGCACCUUCCUACUGAAAUGUUUCUCUUCAGCACUGAAUCCUACCCAGCUUGUCACCUUGGCUGGGCUGCUGCUGCUGUCACUCUGGUCUCUGCAAAGGAUGAGUGGGAAGAAAAGUCUUGGAGCUGUGAGCUGAGUUCCUCUCAUCACCUGAAGAAGGCAAUUAAUUACAAGUAGGACAAGAGCUCCAGGGGCACUGCAGUCAGGCACUAUCCAUAGAAAAAACAUUUCCUUGAGACUGUUCAGGGAGGAGCCUGCCACAGCUCAGGUGUCAGAGGGCAGCUUGUGCUAGAAAAAGAGAAUUAAAAGUAGGGAAACAGCUGGUCUCCACGACAACCAUGUGCAUUAAGCACAGAGGGCAAUAGUCAUCAGGUAUGGAUGAAAAGGAACAUGGGGGCUGGAGAAGACAGCACUUAAAUAAGGGUUGAGGGAGAUUUCCUGCUGAACUGAAACACUUCUGCUUUAGCAGACUUUGGUUUGAUUUCAUAUACUUGUCACUGAUUCUCUCUGUAACUCUUUUCUUGUUUUUAAAGAAGUUUUUAAGCUAACCAAAUAUGUAUUUCCUUGUUUUGCUGAAAGAAAACACCCUCCGUUAUAACGAGUGUCUGCUUUUACUCUGUCCACGGACCUGCCUGAUGUGGGGGCCUGGUUCAAAUGUUUGUACGUGGUGAAACCCAGCAAAAAAAUCAAAAUGCACAACUGCUGCUUCCUUACAAUUCUGAAUGAAUUAACUUUUCUGUUGUAUCCAUUGGAUACCCGCUGUGUAUUAAACCCAAUGCUCAACAGUGUCUUCUUCCUUUGGUCUGUGGAUGUGGUUUAUUUAGGUACAUUACUGGGCCGUUUGCUGUCAAAUAUUUCAUUACAAAUGAAAGGAACUGCCAUGUGUUGAUGGUGCAGUUCAGUGGCUUUGCCUUUCAUCACUCCAAGGGAUACAAUACUGUUUGUCAACAGAAAAGAGAUGUGGAGGAAGAGAGUAUUGUUAGGAGAUUGUGUGAGAGGAGAAUAAAAAAAUCAGGACAAUA